UCCAACCUUAUCUUUUCCCCCUUUCUUCCCUCAAAUCUCUCGUCUCGUCUCCCGUCGAUGCCGGCGGCUGCAAAUCGAAUAGACGGCCGGCGGAUCUCAAGGAGCUGAAAGGGAAACGGCAAGGCUGAAGUCAGGGGCUACAUCUCCCUCCUUUCUUUGAUUUUCUGCAAGAUCAGAGAUGGACAAAAAAACAAAGAUGUUAAUUUGUGCGGCGGCAGCACAAUGGUUUAUCAAUAUGAUAGCUUUAGUUGUCCAAUCUAGAAAAAGAAAAAGGAGAGAGGCAAUUACAUAUGCCCCAAUUGAUGAGAGAGAUAGGAUGAGAAGAGAGUACUUUGAUAACAAAGGAUGGAAGAAUGACACAACUUGUGUGAACAUCCUUAGGCUUCGGAGAGCUCCUUUCUUUCGGUUUUGUCAACUAUUUAGAGAUCGCAAUUUGCUAAAGGACACAAUCCAUAUGUCCAUUGAGCAGCAAGUAGCAAUGUUUUUGCACACUGUUGGUCACAAUGUUCGGAAUAGAGUAAUUGGUGGGAAUUUUGGUAGAUCUGGUGAAGUUGUUAGCCGCUAUUUUAAAAAAGUACUCCAUGCAAUUGGUGAGCUUCGAGAUGAACUUAUUAGGAAGCCUUCAUUGGGGACCCAAAAGAAAAUAGAAGGAAACCAUCGGUGGGAUCCAUACUUUAAGGAUUGUAUUGGAGCUAUUGAUGGUACACAUGUACGUGCCUCUGUUACACCUGAUACGGAGGCUGCCUUUGAUGGUAGAAAGAAAUAUACUACUCAAAAUGUGAUGGCGGCUGUUGAUUUUGACCUUCGAUUCACAUAUGUGUUGGCCGGUUGGGAGGGGACAGCACAUGAUGCUGUAGUUUUACGCGAUGCUUUAGGACGUGAAAAUGGUCUACGUGUCCCACAAGGAAAAUUUUAUCUAGUUGAUGCCGGAUAUGGAGCCAAACCAGGCUUCUUGCCUCCUUUUCGUGGCGUGAGGUUUUAAAUGAUGGCAUUGAUGAAUAUAUCAUACCCUAGGAUGAAUGGGUGGCCAAUAUCACUCAUGCUUCAUCAUCAACUGGCCAAGCACAAGAACAUGCAUACAUGGCUAAUUUUAGGCAAGGACUUGCUGAUCAAAUGUGGGAAGACCGACAAAACUAUUUGCAGUAUCAAAACAUGUAGUAGCUACCAUGUCAUUCAAAUGUGGGAAGAACUAUUGUACUUUAUUUGAACUAUGUGUUUGUGGGAAUUUCAUUGUAAUGACAUAUUACUUGUUGUAAUGACAUACUAUUAUU